CCUUCUGGCCCGCGAUGCUCCGUCGAUGGCUGCGAGCGCCGCCGCGGGCGUGGCCGCAGUGCCGCGCGCUGCUGCAGCGGAGAGGCCUCUCGACCGACGUCGACAGCGCGCUGGCCGCGGCGCUGCAGCAAGCCGCGCAGCGCAUCCGCAAAGCCGACCCGGCGGCGGCGGUGCUGCCCGCCGAGGGCGGGCCCUCGGGAGCGGCCCCCGCCAAUCGCGGCGACGGGUGGGACGCAGCCGCCGCGCCCGGUGUCAGGACGGCCGGACCGAAGCUCCUCCUCCGCUUCACGUGCACACACGCGCCAGACGACGGCAUCCCCGACUCGGAGCGCGAGGUGGUCAAGCAGAUCAGCCGGAGCUCGUACGAGAAGGGCGUCGUGCUUGCCCGCUGCCCUUGCCACGGCAAGCUGCACCUCAUCGCGGACAACCUCGGCUGGUUCGGCGACGACAAGAAUGUGGAGGAGAUGCUGGCCGCGCGCGGUGAGACCGUCACCAGAGACGGCUACUGGACCGACGGGAGGGACGUGUACGAGACGAGCUGAUGGUGGGCGCGCGCGUAGCUGGGCGGUGGUGUGUGUGGUGGUGGUGGUGUGGCGGCGGUGGUGGUGACAGGGGGUAGUCUGUGCGGGGAACGCGCCAGCGGGCACGCCCACUCGGCCGGGUCGGCCGCCGAGGCCGAGGAUGAGGACGAGGAGGUGUCCUAUGCGUCCCUUUUCUUUUUCCAGAUUCGCGCUCACUAAAAAUGGUCAAAAGUGG